AUGGUUAAAUUUGUGGUCUCGAGACAUUGUGGUUUAGCUCGAAUUGGACGUCUGACUGAAUGGGGAUUGCCUUCACGAAUCGAUCCCGACGACAAAAUGCAAUGUAUAUUAGACCAUCAAACACCCACCUUCAUGGUGUACACACGAGGUGGACAUGUACCACACCUAACCUGGGACACGUUUAAUACCAAGGUUAAUAUACAACAAAGGCCAAUAUUUCAUGUCUCUUACGGCAGUGUGUAAGUUGUGUUAGGUGAACUAAAGUAGCUUUUUCGUUCGUUUUUUCACACAUUAACGAUCUAACUAGAAUCAAGCUAUGUAGAUCUGUUGUUGAGCACGUACGCUCAAUAGCGAGUAGCUAUCUCGCAUGACGAGUGUUUUGUUGUUUUCAGAUCCGAACUCAUGCAACACUGCCGGAAGACAAACAAACCGUUGUCCGAUUACAUGGGAAUGCCAGUAAGUAACAGGCACACGUGAACAAUAUUGUUUCAGGAGGAUGCGCUGGUCCAUUUCAGCUUGUUCGACCCUCUGGGGAAGCGAGUCACUGGACUGAAUCGAACCAAGGACAUAGCCAUCUGGACAAAGGGGGGCAAGCAAAUGGUAUGUUUGAUUACAUUAGGAAAAUGUUUUUCUUAUUAGGCAGGACUUUGUGGCAGAUUUGACAAUUUUUCUAAUUUCAGAUAAAUGUAGAGUCAUAUAAAGACAUUGUGACAACGGUACAAGCAAAUACAGUAGGGUCUAUGCUAGACUAUGCCACGCCGCCUUCAUGUCAUAACAAACGUUUGUCGAAAGCAGUACAACGAACCACUGCCUUCUGGGAUGAAGCGUACAACUUUGAAACGUUAUACGUAAGGUUUAGACAUAUACGCCUAAUUAAUUACGUAAUUUAAAACUUAAGGAUGAAUAACGAUAUAGUUAAGUAUGGACCAAGACAAUUCAGGUACAAAUAUGACUUAUGUUUUUAGUGCGCACCGUUCCUAACACUAGGAGGUGGUCAAAGUCACUUUCACCGAGCUACAUUAUCCAAAACAGCCGCAGUUAGUACUCAUGCCGCUGGCUACGCAGUGGAUUUACUGGAGUACUCUCAUAACACAAAUAAUGAUACGAAACGACCAUUUAAUGUUGAGGAGAUAUCAGAUCUACUUCAACACUCAUUCGUAAGUAAAGUCAUAUUGAACAAGAAAAAAAGGUUUUAUCUACUUGUACAGUCUAGAUUAGCUUCUGUACUCCAAAUGACUGUAUAAGUAAAUUAUUGUUUCAGGAUGGUCUACCGGUGAAUAAGCCUCGGUUAGUAGAAGGGGCCUUUGAUCCCACGGAAAUAUUCGAAUUGAUACGAUUAGGAGUCGACAUCUUCGACACAUCGUACGCCAUUCUGAUGGCCGAACAAGGCAAGGCAUUCCGGGUAUCAGAUGAAUUUCCUCAAGAAAACACAUUUAAAACCACCGAUUUUACCUCAGAUACGUAAGUCAUCUGAAUUAUUUGACGUAUAGUCAUGCCUGACUCUACUGGUUAAGACUUAAAGUUCAAUCUAGUAACAAUAAAGCAGACAGUGUAUCAAUUACUCAAAAAGUAAUGUUACAGUAUAAUCAAAAGCAAUGUUUUUAGUUAUCAAAAUGAUCUCACGCCCAUUGUUGACGAUUGUACUUGUUACUCAUGCUCUAAUUACACCAAAGCCUACCUAACACAUCUCUUUAACACACACGAACUAUUGGGGCCAAUGCUUACAGUAAUGUAAGUUUAUUAACAGUCAAUGUAGAUAGAAAGCUAAUGAUACGCGUAGUAUGCUAUUGAUGAAUAUUACUCAAGCGAGUACUUAUUGCAAAUUUUUUGGGAGUACUUAAUCAAGCUUGAUAAUUACUUCCAAAAGGCAUGGUAUUUUAUGAAUUAUGAACUUACAGUAGAUCUACUGUAACCCUACCGUACCACCGUUUGAUAAAUAGGAGCCAGCUUUAAAACAAAAAGAAAUACGAUACGAAGAAACAUACUUGAGUGCAAAGAUAUGAUAAAAUUUAGAUAAAAGUUUAUUGAACGUAAUACGAAAUUUAUACUGUAGUUUACUUGGCCCUGAACAUUCUGCUUAUCUUUGGUUCUUCGGAUGCCUUCUUCAUAAGAGCUUGUUUUGCACUAUUUCCAAGUCCAUUUCUCAUCGCGGCAAUACCCAAGGCAACUGUCCUGAAAUAGAACUUAAAUUAGCUAUGAUAAUAUAGAGGAAAUAGAGCUUAUAAGCCAAAAAUCGCGGCCGUCCAAAAUUUUUGUGUAUCCAGAACCGCCUUGGUAGUGAAUGUUCAUUGCAUAGUACUGUAAAUUAUAAAGCAAAGCAUAGGACUGUACCUUACAAAGCAAAGUGUAGUACUGUAACUUAUAAAACAAAUCGUAUUACUGCAACUUUCUAUAAAACUUACAUAUCGCAAAAUCGUUGCGACAAGGGAGAGAUUCGGCGCACCAGCAUCAGCGAUACGAUGAAGAUGCAAACAGUACAAAGGUUUAACAUGCCCGACCCCAUCAUGAACAUCCAGGUGUAGCCCUGGAGGGUUUCGCGUAGCGGCGAACAGUCACUAGACAUUCUUUUCAGACACAACCUCUCCGAGUUCGACCGGUUUUUUGAAAUGCUCCGCCGAUUCCUCCGCUCCGACCAGUCGUGGUGA